AACCAUGGAACCGAAGGCAUUGUAUUUCCUUCUUUUACUGGUUUCUUUAUUUUGCUUCUGCUGUGUCUCCUGGAUGGGAAGAAAACAGACAAAUUAUUUCAGAAUCAGAAAACAGGAAUGGAACAAUCAAAAGGAACUAAACUCACCAGAAUGUGUGGAGAUGGCCAAAAUCCUCACACUUAAACCCAAAAGGUUUUCUGAGGAUGAUUUUAUUAAACUGUUCAAGGUACUUCAGGAAUGCAAAUGGGUAAAGAACACAGAAGAGCACAAGAAUUUGAGCUCACAGCUGGAGAAAUGCUGCAAUGCAACCAAAAACUUUAUUGUCACACAAGACAAUGCACCAUUGGGAACAAACCUCAGUUAUAAUGCAGAGCCUAAAAGAAUUUUUAAAAUUACAAAAGAUGUUGUAGAUCUGCUUCCUAAGGAAGUACCAUUUAAAAAACAUAUAUAUAAGCGCUGCUCUGUUGUUGGAAAUGCUGGAAUUUUAAAUAACAGCAGCUGUGGAAGAGAAGUAGAUCAGGCUAACUUUGUAUUCAGGUGUAAUCUGCCCCCUCUUAUUGAUUAUAAGGAUGAUGUGGGAACUAAAACAAGUGUCGUAACAUCCAAUCCAUCCAUCAUUAUAAGCAGGAGAGAACUCGGAAUAGAAUGUCUGUUUCCGCAGUCUGAGGCAGUCAAAUCAAGUUUGAAUGACAAGAUUAGGAGAAUUUAG